AUGGAUUUAGAAACAAAAGAAAUUGAAGCAGAGGAAAAAGAUGAAGAAGAAAAUACUAUAAAAGAAGCAGAGCAGAUAGCAGUUUCAUAUAAAUAUACUAUUCAUUGUUCAGAUAGAACAACGCAAAAACCUGUGAUUAAUCGAGAAUCCGAAAAUAUAAUAAAAGACUUAAUAAAAAAUCUUCAAGAAGAUCUAAAUAUUAUUUUAGAUAAGCUCUGUGAUCCUUUUCCAUGUGAAAAAAUGACACCAAAAUUAUGGAGGCAAUAUCAAACAGCAAACAAAUGUUGGAUAUGUGAAAAAAAAUUACAUGAAUCAAGAUAUAAUAAACUUCGAGUAUUUGAUCCAGAGUCUAAAAAAUAUUUGGGUGCUUCACAUAGAAAAUAUUACAGAAAAAAACCAAUGAUUCAAUAUAAGUUAGAUGAUGAACAAAAGAAAGUUUAUGGCUCAUGUAAAAAAUGUGGAUUAUUUAUAAAACAAGCUGAAUAUCGAUAUUAUCAAGAGAUUUGUCUUGAAAAACAUCUUUUACAAUCAGAACCAAGAUGUCCAGUUUUUAGGUGUAACAAAGAUAUUGAAACUUUCCUUUCAUCAACUUCAGAUCCAAUGGAGAUAUCACCACAAAUAUUAGCACCAUCUUCGCAGAAGGACCAUAGUAGUAAUAAUCAAGAUCCUCCAUUAUUUGAGAGUGGUGCUAAUACUGGAUCUGUCCAGACUUCACAAAGUAAAAAUAUCACUUACGAAAUAAAUACAUCACUCAAACGCCCCAACCCAUUGGCUUCCGAUAAUUUGCAGUCUACUAAAAAAGUUAAAAAGAGUGACGAGAAGAAGAAUUCGAAUGUAGCAAAGAAACUUAUAGAGGAAUUAUCUACUGAAACAUUCCAGAUAUCGGAAGUUAGUAAAAAAGUACUGGCAAUUUUUAUGAUUUAUAUCUUGCAAUUUGUAAAGUCGAAGAACAAAGUGAGUAUGUGA